CUUUUCUUGUUUCUCGACGGAGAAGAGUGCUUUGCUGUAGCAGAUGUUGUCAUGAAUGGUCCACUUGACUAAAGUUCAGUCACUUUUGAGUCACAAUCUUAUCCGUCGGCACCAUUCCAAACUAAGGUAUUUAGGCACAAUGGCCAAAGUACACAUUAAGCAUGUCUUUGAGAAUGAUGCCAUCUUACGUUCAGAGAAAGACAACCGUUUAUAUCGUGGUCUUGAACUUAACAAUGGCAUGAAGAUUUUGCUGGUUAGUGAUGCAGAAACUGACAAGUCUUCUGCAGCAAUGGAUGUUAACAUAGGACACAUGAAAGAUCCUGCAAAUAUCCCUGGUCUUGCUCAUUUUUGUGAACACAUGCUGUUCUUAGGGACAGAAAAGUAUCCUGAAGAAAAUGCAUACAAUAAGUUUCUGAAUGAACAUGGUGGGACUUCUAAUGCCUUCACAUCAUUAGAGCACACUAACUUUUAUUUUGAUGUCUCACCUGAUGGACUUCCUGGUGCCCUAGACAGAUUUGCACAGUUCUUCUUGAGCCCACUUUUCACAUCAUCUGCCACGGAACGAGAAGUUAAUGCUGUCAAUCAGGAGAAUGACCGUAACCUGCAGAAUGAUGCCUGGCGUCUUUUUCAGCUGGAUAAAUCACUUUGCAGACCUGGACAUGACUUUGGAAAAUUUGGCACAGGGAACAAAGACACAUUGCUGACACAAACACUUGCAGCAGGUGUUGAUGUGCGUAAUGAAUUGCUGAAUUUCCACAAGCAGUAUUAUUCAUCCAACAUCAUGGGCCUCUGCGUUGUGGGAAAAGAAUCACUCGAUGACCUAACAGAAAUGGUUAUACCGUUGUUUUGUGGUGUGGAAAACAAGAAUGUGUCUGUGCCAGAAUGGCUAGACCCACCUUAUGGUGUGGAAGAGUCCAAGAAAAUGGUAACAGCUGUACCAGUGAAAGAUGUCCGUGACCUUGCAGUGUCUUGGGGAAUUCCUGACCUUCAUUCCUAUUAUAAGUCUAAUCCUGGGCACUAUCUUGGACAUCUGAUUGGACAUGAGGGACCAGGCAGUCUCUUAUCAGAGCUAAAAGCACGUGGUUGGGUUAAUACUUUGGUAGGAGGGCAAAAACAUGGUGCUAAAGGUUUUGGUUUCUUCAUCAUUAAUGUGGAUUUGACUGAGGAAGGACAAGAGCAUGUCAGCGACAUUAUUACACUUAUCUACCAGUAUAUCAACAUGCUUCGUCGUGAUGGGCCACAGGAAUGGGUUUUCAAUGAGUGUAAGGACUUGAGUGCCAUGACAUUCCGGUUCAAAGAUAAAGAAAAACCAAGAGUUUAUUCCUGCACACUAGCAGGUGUUCUUCAUGAAUACCCUAUACCUGAAAUGUUGAGUGCUCCUUACCUCUUCAACGAGUUUCGUCCAGACCUUAUAAACAUGGUGCUGGAUCAUCUGACCCCAGACAGGAUGAGGGUGAUGGUGGUGUCCAAGAAAUUCCAGGGACAAACAGACCAGGAAGAGAAGUGGUAUGGGACACAGUUCAGAGUUACAUCUUUGGAUCCCACACUUUUAAAGGACUGGGAAAACUGUGGUUUCCAUGAAAAUCUAAGGUUGCCUGAUCGUAAUGAGUUCAUUCCCACAAACUUUGAGCUUGUUCCACGAGAACCAGAGAUUUCACCACUUCCAGAAAUAAUCCAGGAUACUGCCAUGACACGACUAUGGUAUAAACAAGAUGACAUAUUUCUGAAGCCCAAAGCAUGCAUUGGCUAUGAUUUUACAAGUCCAUAUGCAUACAUCGACCCUUUACAUGCCAACUUGUGCUACUUGUUUGUCAACCUCUUCAGAGAUGCACUCAACGAAUAUUCAUAUGCAGCUGAAAUAGCUGGCCUACAUUACAGUUUGGACUCAUCACCUUAUGGCAUAUAUUUGGAGGUUAAGGGUUACAGUGACAAACUGGACAUCCUGUUGAAGAAGAUCGUGGAAAGACUGACCACAUUUGUCAUUGACCCUCAGCGCUUUGACAUAAUAAAGGAAGCUUAUGAACGAGGGCUGCGUAACUUCAGUGCUGAGCAGCCUCACCAGCAUGCAGUGUACUUCACAUCUGUACUUAUGUCGGAAAUCAUGUGGACAAAGGAGGAGCUGCUCAUGGCUUUGGAAGACAUUACGUGUGAACGAUUACAAGCCUUUAUACCACAGCUUCUUUCAUGCUUCUACAUCGAAGGAUUAGUUCAUGGCAAUGUUACCAAACAGAAAGCACUGGAGAUCACAGGAAUGCUGGAGACAAUUCUAAAAGGAAACUGCAAGACCAAGACACUGGUACCCAGUCAGAACAGGCGAUUCCGUGAGAUUCAGCUUCCAGAUGGCUGUUACUAUCUACAUAAACGCCAGAAUCUAGUGCAUAACAGCUCUUGUAUUGAGACUUAUUACCAGUGUGGACUGCAGACCACAGAAUCCAAUAUGUUGCUGGAACUGUUCUGCCAGAUCAUUGGGGACCACUGUUUUAACAUCCUGCGCACUCAGGAGCAGUUAGGUUACAUUGUCUUCAGUGGAGUGCGGAGGUCAAAGUCAGUGCAGGGUUUACGUGUCAUUGUACAGUCAAAUUAUCCCCCCCAUUAUGUGGAGGGACGAGUGGAGGCUUUUCUUAAAAAAAUGGAGGAAGAGAUUGAAAACCUCACACCAGCUGAGUUCCAGAAACACAUUUCUGCUUUGGCUACCAGGCGAUUGGAACAACCCAAGCGUCUGUCAGUUCAAAAUGCUAAAUUCUGGUCAGAGAUCAUGUCACAGCAAUACAACUUUGACAGGGACAAUGUUGAAGUUGCAUAUCUUCGAACACUAACCAAGAAUGAUCUCUUCAAAUUUUAUAAAGAAAUGAUUGCACAUGAUGCACCAAAGCGUCGUAAGCUGUCAGUGCAUGUCAUAUCACAGACACCAGACCAGGUUUCAUCUGGAGUGACUGUAGAUACAACUAAAAUACCUGAUGGGCUGCUACCAACGCCCACCAUGCCUCAGGCUGUGAUUGUAACAGAUGUUGUGGAAUUCAAACGGAGUCUGCCUUUGUAUCCCCUUGCCAAACCAUUCAUUGAUCUCUCCAAAGCACGCUCCAAAUUGUAAAUUUUCAAGGAUUAUCUUCGGAUUCUUGUUCAAACAUUGACUUAAAAAAAAAAAAUAUCGUUUGGGUGGAUGGGAGGGAGCCAUUUAACUGAACAAGCAGUGAUUCUGGCAAUUCUAGAAAUGUCAUUUUGUUGUAUUAUAAGAUGGUGAAAUUGUGUAAUCUCAUCACAUGUGUAAGUACUAAUUUUAAGUUGUUUCUAAAAGAAUACUUGGUGGUUUAAAAGUAUGACACAAAACCGCUGUGGUGUAUGUCAAGAGCUCAGGGAUGUAGGUUAUUUCCCUUGGGAACUUUUCAUACUUGUCUUGCAGCUGUGAUUACAGUAAAGUGUUAUGAAGCAAAGGUAGUGCCCCUUCCUUCAACCACAUAAAAUGAAACAGUCUAAAAGUUUCAGAGCCUGCAGUUAGCCUAUAUUUGUUGCAUCACAUCCUCUGUAGAACUGUUUUCAACAAUCAUUGGCCCCUACAGGGAUUGACUGUUAUGCAUAACUAUCUGUCCACAGAACUUGAAAUGCAUUUUCUUCUACAACAAAAUGAUAGCAGUUUAAAAAGUUUUAAAUUUCCUGUAUUAAUGAUUUAAAAAAAAGACAUAAUAAUUUGCUUACUGUGAAGAAGUCAAUUAUUAGCUUCAUGAGUGAUUUUGGACUGCCUUCUAGUAUUAGGAGAGAUUUCUUUUAUUGUAAAGUGUUUCACUCAAAUCAGGGUUUCUAUGUAAACCAUACAUCCUUUUAAGUUUAUGUAUGCAGAAGCGGACAGAUCUUGUAACUUCAUUAGCUUGAUAUUGUAGAGCUGAGAGAAGCACAAGCUCUAAAUGCAGGAACAUUUUUUUGAUCAUACAAUAAAAAUGUUUGAUAUGUGUGUAGGUGUGGUGUGUGGUGUGUGUGUGUAAAUUCUGCAGCAAGUUUUAAAAAUGUUAAAAAAUGCACUUUUUUUACUAGUCCAUGGCUUACCCAAAUAUUAGAUGUACCUGGAGAAAAAACUAUGUUGAAAGUUCGUUUGAAAUAUGGGGAAAGGGUGUCUCAUAUUUCCUUGAUGUUGCCUGUGAGGGUCUUCAUCUUUAUGGUCUUUAUCUUCAGUCUUUUCUUUUUGCAGCGGGCUGUCUAAGUAUUUUUGUUCUGAUUCAAAAGAAAUAGAGAAAUAUUAAGAAGUAAUCUAGUAUCCAAGAUAAUGAGUGCUUUGGACUCAAUUAAUUGUCUUGACAAUAUGACAGCCGAGUCACAGUGGUUCUAUUCUAAAGAAUUAGAUGAUGUGAGACCUGAUUAGAAGUUUAUAUUUACCUUUCUAAACAGAUAGAAUUAUUUUGAAAGAGAGUAGUUUAAAUAUUUAGAUAUUUAUUUUGUAUUUAUGUGGAACAUUGGGAAGGCUGCCUAGUUGUUAGGGAAUUCACUGUAGAGGUCACUUGUUUAAGGCCGGCUUGGACAUGUGGCUGGAAAAUUUCCUCUGCCCACUCAGCAGCUGCUCUACUGAAAUGACUUGAUUUAUCAGGAAAGGCAAACAUGAUGGAAAGAGAGGGCUCUGCCUUCCACACACCAUGUACUAUGGGAUUUACCUUUACUUCCGGUGGAACAGCAGAUCCUUUUAUAUCUUUUUAUUAGGGUCUUUCAUUACUUUGUCCAUUUUAAUUGAGUGAAACAGGCAUUAAUCACAGGGCUGCAGAGAAAAGACCAGCAAAAUGCAAUGAUUUUUGUGACCAGUGUUCACUACCUCAGUAACAUUGCCUUGUGAUGUAAUGUCUGUAACUUUGCUUGUCAUAAUAAGUGUCAUUUCGAUGAUAACCAUUUCUGAUUUUUGCCCAUGCAGGUAUUAUUGUAAAUUACUGUUAAACAUACAUUUGUUAGAACUGUAGCUGUACAAGAAAACAUCACUUUUAGUUCUUGUAGGAGUAGUAGAUACAUAAUGAAAAUAUGCAAACUAUUAAUCUUGAUGUUUUUAUUGUUGGGUUAAGCCUACGACUGAAAAGAGAAUUUGCAUCCCACAUAGUCACCAAGAUGUGGCAACUUCUUGUCUGGAAAAGUUCAUCAGUUUUGAGAUGAUAUUGUUUUGACAAAAUCACGUGAUAAUUUUUGGUGCAGAUUCAUUACAGCUUUGAGGGCCUUUCACACUAAUUGCAGUGAUUAGUACAAGAUCACAGUAUAAUAGAUUGGGCAAGUCUGUAUCUAGAGAUAUAAACUGGCCAUGGGGACAGGUCCUAGUUAAUGAGCAGAUAAGAUGGCAGAUACAAAUGGAAUGAGAAUAUUUGUGUUGGUGUCCGUGUAAUGCAGCAUUUAAUGCUUGUUUACAAAUGUACUGAUGCUCACAGAGACUGGAAUAUAUUUACUUUGAAAAGACGGCUUGUCAAGUGCUGAGCACUUUUUUCCCCAUGAGCAAUAACGUCAAUGUAUUUGGUUGUGGCACCGACCAACAGUGUAUAAUAUUUUGUGGUAUGGCAUAUGUAAAACGAUGAGUUUGUUUCUGGCUGCCCGUUUUUCGUUUAAUCGCAUCAAUAAUAACUUCUCCACCUCU